AUGCGGCAGGUGAUCUCUUUAAAUGGGGCUCAUCUGAAGCAAUGGGACCCAAAUGACGACAAUCCUGAGGUCCUAGAGCUCCCCUUGCUUCCCAGGGACCAGGUCCGUAUGGGCUUUAGCAUCGAUGGUAAAAUCAAGCAGUACAUCGAAUCGGACGAACACAACCCUUGCAUAUGGGACGUUGCGAACUCGAGGAUUCUCAAUGUUUAUGCUGCGCUCAACAUCCCCAUCUUCGAAACCUACCAUGAUAGUCUAGCUUCCCACAUCAGCGGAGCCUUUGAAGCUGUCAAAACUGUUGGUUCCAUCGAGGCCGACAACGCGGUCAAAGAUAAGAACCUCGAACCGCAUACACCUUUCCCUCUAGAAUCGAAUUUCAUGGAUGAUUGGGAUUCUAAGGACUCACACGCAAACUGUGACGCCAAACGAUUGAGACUUCUUGCGGAUGCGCGUGUCAUCAUGCUGGAGAUUGACAAGACCAUCCCACCGUUCCGAGGCGCAACGGAAGAAUCCCCGCCAAGCGAGGACGAAGUCACUAGUGAAGAUGACAGCAACGUCGGCGCAACCGCAGACAAUGUUAUGUCCGCCAGAAUUGGCAAGAAAGUGGCAAAAGAUGUAAGUGGGAAUAACGGCAAACGGAAACAGAUCAGUAUUUGGGAUCUCGAGCGUCGAAGCGCCACAACAAGCGGUAAUUGA